AACAAGGCGAACACAAAGAAUAAGACCUCUAACAGUCAGGAAAUAUAGAGAAUUGGUAGAGUAAAAUUAUAGUGUUUAAAUGGUAUCCCAGUAAGUACACGGUUCUGUAGACCAGGCCUGAACACCUUCAUCAGCAUCUCUAACAAUAAGGGGAAGAAGGGUGAGUGACUUUACUGUUAAUGUUUCGGAGCGACAUUAAUAGAAGAAGAAACAUUUAUUUUGCUGAAGAGACUUUACAGUUAUGUGUUCUUAACCAAGUUUAUCAACUUAAAACACAAGCACAUGUGCCUCACUUUUUGGGAUCAUUGAGCACAGAAUAAUCCACUGGUCAACGGCUGAAGACUUUUGAAGAAGUGCUUAUCCCAGGGAGAAAGACGUGGAAAUAUCUGACAAUAUGGGUUGCGUCACUGACUUCUUCACUUACGAAACUACCAAGUCAGUAGUGGUAAAAAGCUGGACAAUUGGAAUCAUCAAUAGAGCAGUGCAGCUCCUUAUUAUAACAUACUUUGUUUGCUGGGUGUUUCUCCAUGAGAAAGCUUAUCAGAUUCGUGACUCCUCCAUAGAGUCAUCUGUAAUGACAAAAGUAAAAGGUGUUGGACGUUAUAGCAGAAGGGUGAUGGACGUGGCUGACUAUGUGACACCACCACAGGGAUCCUCUGUAUUUGUUAUUCUUACAAAACUGAUAACUACACAGAAUCAAGUUCAGGAUUUCUGCACAGAGACUGAUACAAAGUAUAAAUGCAUCUAUGACAGUGAUUGCGUCAGAGACAAGCCCACAGGAAACGGUUUACUCACAGGAUACUGCGUUAAAUCUAUGUGUCAGAUUCAGGGCUGGUGCCCAACAGAGAAUGACAGUGUUCAAGUGCCUAUUCUACAUGAAGCUGAAAAUUUUACAAUUUUUGUAAAGAAUAGUGUGAGAUUCCCUGUAUUCGACUUCGAGAGGGGAAAUUUGCUGUCCAGUCUGAAUUGUCGUUACCAUCCAGUUACUCAUCCCUUCUGUCCAAUCUUCCGACUUGGAGACAUUGUGAAACUCGCAGGACAAAACUUUACAAACUUGGCAGACAAUGGUGGUGUGUUGGGUAUUAAGAUUGGUUGGAUGUGUGAUCUUGAUAAGUCCUGGGACUUAUGUCUUCCAAGUUACAGCUUUACCAGACUUGAUGGUGUAUCAGCCAAGAGCAAUGUUUCACCGGGAUACAAUUUCAGGUUUGCAAGGUAUUUCAAGAGUGCCAAUGGUUCCGAGUUCCGGACUCUAGUGAAAGCUUAUGGAAUCAGAGUGGAUGUUUUGGUUUACGGUAAUGCUGGGAAGUUUAACAUCAUCCCAACUCUUAUCAAUACUGUGGCAGCAUUUACAUCUGUGGGUGUGGGCACUGUGCUUUGUGAUAUCAUUUUACUAAAUUUCCUGAAAGGGGCUGAUCAAUAUAAAGCCAAGAAGUUUGAAGAGGUCUCUGAUGAAACCCCCACUUUGGGAAGUCAAAUGUAUAAAAGUGACCAAACGCUGGCAGGACGUGCCGAUGAAAAGCGGUCUACAGACUCUGGGGCCUUCUCAAUAGGCCUGUAAUCUCUGUAUAGUCUUCUUCACUCUUUCAGGGUUAUAACUGUGAUGCUUUAUGUGAUCCUUCAACGUUCUCUUAAGUGCUUUGUAAAUAUGUUUUUAUUUAUUUUCUUUUUUAGUUUAGGGGUGUGACAUAUAUAAAGAACUAAUAGUGUGCUUUACACUAAGUACAAAACAAAGGUUUUGUUUAGAAAAAAAAUACUCUUUGCUUCCUGGUUUCCUUUCUGCAAUUAGUCCUGCAGACUCCACAGCUGAUCCAUGGUGGUUUUACACAGACCUAGGAUAAUUAGUGGUAGAAAAAUUCUGUUUGACAUCAGGUUCCAUUUUACGUCUGUAAUGAGUUAAGAUAAUGUUGCAUGUAGACAUAGCAUAACGAUUCAGCAUGGAAAAUGCCUUGUGAAUAAUACAAAGAGAUAAGCAGAUAGGCCGAGGGGACACAAUAUGAAUAGAACAAUAACAAUAUAACUGUAAUAUUGGUUAAAUUAUUAAUUAGUAUUCUUAAAGCUAAAAUAAUUUUGCAUAUAAUCAAUAUUACAGUGUUUCCCGCAUGGAACUGAAGAGCCAACAGGUUGCAGGAGAAGUGUUAUAGUAGAGGUGUGGAUUAUGAACAAGAGGUUGUAUUAUGACCCAAAUUGUGAU